AGAGAGAGAGAGAAAGACUGAUUCUGAUUCAGAGCCGUAUGCUCAUUCUGUGUCAACAUCUCGCUGUGAUAUCAAUGUAUGCAGCCUGAGACAUUGUCACCUGAGCCUGAUAGAGAACCAAUAUCCCAAGAUGCAGUGGUGCAGGUGGGCUGGCAGUUGGAGAUCACACCUACCGGUUCAGUCUGCAGGGCCAGAGAUUGAGGACUCUUUCGACUUUCUUUUCAAAAUCAUCUUGGUUGGGGACUCAGAUGUGGGGAAGACCUGCGUGGUCCAGAGCUUCAAGUCCGGCAUAUUCAUCGAGAAGCAGCAGAACACCAUCGGGGUCGACUUUACUGUACGCACCCUGGACAUUGAUGGCAAAAAGGUGAAGAUGCAGGUGUGGGAUACGGCAGGUCAGGAGCGUUUCCGGACCAUAACUCAGAGCUACUACCGCAGUGCCCACGGUGCCAUGGUGGCCUAUGACAUCACACGCCGCACCACAUUUGAAUCGGUUCCCCACUGGAUCAGGGAGGUGGAGCAGUUUGGAGCGGCCAGCGUGGUGCUGAUCCUCAUUGGUAACAAGUCAGACCUCCAAGCUCAGCGGCAGGUGUUGUUCGAGGAUGCGUGCACUCUGGCAGAAAACAACGGCGUGCUGGCUGCCCUGGAAACCUCCGCCAAGGAGGCCCAGAACGUGGAGGCGGCCUUCAUCCUCAUGGCCCGGGAGCUGCUGGCACGCAAUGGCAUGUCCACCAUCGACGAGCUUUCCCAAGAAUCGCCUCAAUUAAUGUUGAGUAACAGCACCCACCCGGUUUAUGGCACCGCGUCUGCAGAUAAAAAGUGUGGGUGCUGAGCAGGCUGAAGCAGGGAUGUGUUAUUUUAGACUUCAAAAAUAGUGUUCACAGUUUAGCAGAACUACAUAUAUGUGUUGUGUGUGUGUGUGUGUGUGUGUGUGUGUGUGUUGAAAGUUUUGUACAUAUUUUUGACUUUUAUUAUUUAUACAGUUUGUAGAAUCAGUAACACAGGUUUGAAAUGGUGGGUGCUUAUUAAACCUAUUUUGUAUUAUUCUUCUGAGCAUAACCUUCACUGAAUGGGACUCCAGCAUUACAAAGCACACCGAUAAUGUAAGACUCUGUACUAAGAUUGUACUGCAGUAUACAGAAUGUUCUCACUUGACAAGCAACUUUUUGUGUCUUUCAUCCUUUUUUAUUUCAUUCAGUAUGACCUUUUAGUUCUGCACAUUACUGGACUUCCACAGUUUUAACCUACAAUUUAAGUCACUUGAAAAUCCUACUGUGUUACACCUGUCAGUUCCAAAUAUUACAAACCAGCACCUUGUGACACGCUCAGUGGUGCUGCAACUGAGGCGACGUCUGUUCUCCCACAAAAGGCUUCUAUUACAGACAUUUAAAUUAACCAUCCACACAUUUUUUGUAUUUACCCAUUUGACAAAACAAUAGCACUUUUUAAUCUAUCUUUUCCCACAAAAUAAGAACUAAAUAAAAUGACAGUACUCUUAAUUGAGGCUAAAAUCAAAACUGAUGAGGUACUAAUGAAACCUGGCAACGUGUCAUCCUAAUCAUUAGUGGUUUUACAUUCACCCUAUUUAAAAAAAAAAC